GAAGCGAAACGGACAACCUACGCAACUCUCUCUCCCAGGCUAGAUAUUUCAAAAGGAAAAAGAGGAAUGAUGGAUUUCCCUCCAAUUCCCACCCGCACCCGCACGCUUUAUCUCCAGAUUCUAUGAUUACCCUACCCAAUCCACCUCCAUUUUUAAACUCUUCAGCUUGAUUCCCGUAAUAUCACUUCUUUUUGGAAAAAAAAAAAGAAAAAAUUGACUCUGUUUCUACUUCUAGGGUUUGCAAUUCCUACUUCCUAUUUGUUUCUGCUGAGCAUUUAGGGUUUCUAAUAUUGCUUGCUUCGUCUCAGGUUAGCUUGACAUGGAUCCUACAAAGCAAACUUUCCCACACCGAACACUUUCUGUCAAAUUGUGGCCUCCUAGUCAGAGUACUAGGCUAAUGCUUGUAGAGCGAAUGACGAAGAAUCUUAUCACUCCGUCUAUUAUAUCCAGAAAGUAUGGCCUAUUGAGCAAAGAAGAGGCUCAGGAGGAUGCCAAGGAAAUUGAGGAGUCAGCAUUUGCUGUUGCUGACCAACACUAUCAGAAAGAGCCAGAUGGUGAUGGAAGUUCAGCAGUGCAGGUUUAUGCCAAAGAAUCCAGUAAGCUCAUGCUGGAAGUUCUUAAAAGGGGCCCUAGAAUGAAGGAGGAUGGAGAGGCAGUAGCAGCUGAGAAAUCUGCUGCUGUGCAUGCAGAUGUAUUUGAUAUAUCUGGUGGUCAACGGGCAUUUAUCAGUGCAGAUGAGGCUGAGGACCUAUUAAAACCACUUAAGGAGCCAGGAAACACAUAUACUAAGAUCUGUUUCAGCAAUAGAAGUUUUGGCUUGGAUGCUGCUGGUGUUGCAGAGUCAAUCUUGUCAUCAAUAAAGGGUCAAUUGGCCGAAGUAGACUUAUCUGACUUUGUUGCAGGAAGGCCAGAGUCAGAAGCUCUUGAAGUCAUGAAUAUAUUUUCUUCGGCCCUCGAGGGUUCUAACUUGAGGUAUCUGAACCUUUCAAACAAUGCCUUGGGUGAAAAGGGUGUAAGGGCUUUUGAGGCACUCCUCAAAUCGCAAAAUAAUCUGGAGGAGCUUUAUCUGAUAAAUGAUGGUAUCUCAGAGGAAGCUGCUUGUGCAGUUUGUGAGUUAAUCCCUUCCACUGGGAAGCUCAAGGUCCUUCAUUUUCACAAUAACAUGACAGGUGAUGAAGGUGCAGUUGCUAUUGCUGAUAUUGUGAAACGAUCUACUAUGUUGGAGGAUUUUCGAUGUUCUUCCACAAGGAUUGGCUUAGAUGGUGGUGUUGUAUUGGCUGAAGCACUUGGAACAUGUAGUCAUUUGCGGAAGCUUGAUCUUAAUGACAAUAUGUUUGGAGUGGAAGCUGGAGUUGCUUUGAGUAGGUCUAUAGUUUCAUUUGCAGAUCUUACUGAGAUUUACCUCAGUUAUCUAAACUUGGAGGAUAAGGGGACAGAAGCACUUGCCAAUGCUCUAAAGGAGUCUGCACCUUCACUUGAAGUUCUUGAAAUGGCUGGUAAUGAUAUUACUGCCAAUGGAGCUUCUUCUUUGGCAUCCUGUAUUGCAGCAAAACAAUUUCUCAGAAAGUUAAACCUUUCUGAGAAUGAACUGAAAGAUGAAGGUGCUAUUUUGAUUGCCAAGGCAAUAGAGAGUGGUCAUGGCAAAUUAAAUGAAGUUGAUUUGAGCACCAACUCAAUCAGAAGUGCUGGGGCAAGGCUCUUGGGGCAGGUUGUUGUGCUUAGGCCUGGAUUUAAGCUGCUCAAUAUCAAUGGCAAUUUUAUAUCUGAUGAAGGGAUUGAUGAGGUGAAGGAUAUAUUCAAGAAUUUGCCUGGUGUGCUUGGGCCUUUGGAUGAGAAUGAUCCAGAAGGUGAAGAUGUUGAUGAGGAGGCAAAAGAAGAGGAUGCAGAUAAUGAAGAUGAACUGGAAUCUAAACUCAAGGGGCUUGAAAUCAAGCAUGAUGAAUAGUGCUUCCAUCAGAAGUAAUCUGCUGUCUUAGCUGUCUCUGAAAUUAAAACUUAUCCAUGGACUUGUGAUUGUUUUUGGAUUAAAAGCUUGUUUCAAUGCAAUCUAGUCCAGCUGCAUUAAUCAGGUUUAAUAGAUUCAUCAUUCAUCCAUUAUAAGUUAGCUGAGAAAGGUGCUUUUUCCUCCUGGAAUCAUGCUACCAAGUUCAGCAGCUGUCGCUCAAAGAUACAUGGGAUCAGAGUUUAGUUUUAGGAUUUGCUAGGCAAUGUUGUAUUGCUUUAGGCAGUAUUUUUUUUUUUUUUAUCAUUUACUAGUGGCUAUCAGUAGAGGGGAGUAUGUGUCUUUCAUAGUGUAUGCAUGCUCGACAUUUUAGAUAAAAUUUGGUUGCCCAAGCCUUUUUGGACUUGAAA